AUGCCGGUUCUCAGACCAACCGAAAAACUGGAGCUCCCAUCGAUCUCGCAGGUCCACAUCAGAGGUCCUGCUGAAAUUCCUUACUACAACCCUCACGCUGCCGAACGGCCGUUGCUGCCCGGCGACAAACUCCCUGCUUUGAGCCUGCCCACAGCCUCGCAGUCUGCCUACCGGACCGCCUACCCUGACCCGUCCGUCACCAGCUCUCACACUUCGAGCGCGCGCACCAGUCUCUCUGGUCCCACCGCCGCUCUCCACGAUAAUCGCACCCCGCCGCCCUCUGCUGAUCUCGUUACUAGCGGUCCUGCGGAUUAUACCGUGCCCUCCACCGUCAGUGAGAGCUACUACCCUCCUCCCCAUCCCAUCAGCAGCAUGAACCACACCCCUCCGUACAUGGACGUUCACUCGUCGCACUUGUCGUCUGCUCAGCCGUAUGCUUCGCAAGCCGCCACGGCUGGUGGCAUGUCUCAUUACUCUUACCCGGGACAACCUCCGGUUUUGCAGCCGGCUUCGACCACCUACGGACCCGCCAGUUCGUACUCACAGUAUGCGUACCCUGGGGUGACCUCGCCCCAGUCUGCCACUCAGCCGCCUACGACGUCCAUGACUGCCGCCCAAUUGUUGCCAUUGCCCGCCGUUACCAACCCCUCUGUGGCACCGCCGUACGGCAACACUAGUGGCAGCCCAACGCAGGGAUAUGUGUAUGAUACCACUGGUCAGAUUGCGCCUCCCGGGGCCAAGCCACGCGUGACGGCCACCCUGUGGGAAGAUGAGGGCAGUCUCUGCUAUCAAGUUGAAUCCAAGGGUGUCUGUGUUGCACGGAGAGAAGAUAACCAUAUGAUCAACGGUACCAAGCUGCUCAAUGUCGCUGGCAUGACUCGUGGUCGUCGUGACGGUAUCCUGAAAAGCGAAAAGGUCCGUCAUGUGGUCAAGAUUGGUCCUAUGCACUUGAAGGGCGUGUGGAUUCCCUUUGAACGGGCAUUGGAAUUUGCCAACAAGGAAAAGAUCACGGAUCUGCUGUAUCCCCUGUUUGUGCAUAACAUUGGUGGUCUGCUGUACCACCCUACCAACCAGACCCGGACCAACAUGGUCGUUCAAGAGUCGCAGCAGCGACGAUUGGAAGCCCCUCAGCUCACCCGGACCCCGGGACCACAGCCGUCUGCUCUGCAUCAUCACCAUGCGCUGCAGACGCCAGUGCCCUCGCACCUGCCUCCGCACAGCAUGGCGUCGCAGCCGGGCCGACCGGCCCUUGACCGGGCACACACCUUCCCCACUCCUCCGGCCAGUGCAUCGAGUCUCAUGGGCAUCACGAACCAGAACAGCUCGUAUGAGUGGGGUAGCCAAGUACAGAACUCGCAGCCGCUGUCGAUCGAUACGACGCUGAACAACGCGCGGUCCAUGCCCACCACACCCGCCACGACCCCGCCAAGCAGCCUGCAAGGGAUGCCAUACCAAACCAGCCAGCCGGCCUAUGAUACGAAGCCGUACUACUCGGCAGCCCCGGCUUCUCAUGCGCAGUAUGCUCCUCAGCACCCGCUGACGACAUACGGACAGACUCUGCCCCCGUCCACCUAUGUGAAGAGUGAAAUGGGUCCUCCAUCGGCACGAAACCCGCCGGAGAGUGAGACUGCUGAUGUCAAGCCACCGACUAAUGGUCAGAGCACCGAGGCUGAGCAGGAGUCGGAGUACGUGCAAGACAACGGUAGCUACAGCAACGCCAACCGCGGGUCGUACACGUACACCACCAACCCGUCGGUGAGCACGUUGACGGGUGAGCACUCCCAGCUGACCCCCGAGCUGAGCUCCCCGUCGCAGCAGAACGGGUCGGGUCGCAUGACCCCUCGCACCGGUGGUGGCCCUCCCUCUCAAUGGACCGGGUACAACACGCCUCCGCGCCCGGCCGGCGCGGGCAGCCUCUACAACAUUGUCAGUGACACUCGCGGCACGCCGGCCAACGGCCCAGAGUCUUACUCGGUCGCAUCCAACUCCGCCCCGACAUACUCGGGGAUGAAUGGAUCGCUGAGUGCUGGCAGCAAGCGUAUGCGCGAGGACGACGAUGUGGACCAGGUCGUCCGUCCGGACAGUCGGGGUACCGACUAUGACAGCAAGCGUCGAAAGACCAUCACCGAGGUGAACGGUCCUCUCGCUGGACCGCCUCUUAUGCAGCCCAUGAAGGCUGGUGGUGUUCGUCGCUGUUAGUUUUCUUUUCUGGGAUUUGCUGGACAAAUGAAAUGAAAUGACAUGGGAUUGGGAUUGGGAUUGGGUACUGGUGUUGGUUGAAUAGACCACGUUUUUUUUUUUCUUUUUUCUUUUUCUUCCGUCGUGUUUUAAUCUCUUUUCUUGCGGAUGAAUAUGGAUGAGCCGUGCAUUCGGGCUAGCGUGCCCUUGUUUCUUUUUCUCAAGCCUAGUCAGCGUUAUGGUACUCUUGGUCUCAUUUGGCAUGUGCUUGUUUCUGAAGGGCUUACGACCAUGAUGUUACGAAUUUCCUAGAUGUUUUGAUUUAGCAUGGUCUAUUGACCUAUAAAAGGGUGGUUACAAUUGUACUUGCAUUG